GGACUCUCUUAGCUCCUCCCCUAAUGGAGACAGUGCACGAGGGGUGGGUGGCAUCAUUAAAGAAAAGGACAUCACAGACACCAAUCAGAUGCGUUCGCCUGAUCUAGAAGAAGCUCAUCCUGGUUGCGAACUUGAUUGAGACCCAAGUUGAAAAUGCUUGAGGGUCUUUGAUUAUUUUCGAGGUCAAAUAACAUUUUCUGUUAAGCUGAUGUAAAACUUCUGAUACUUUAAUUUUACUUUGCCUAAUCUCGUGGUGUUUGAACAGAGAUGCAUUUCGAGGAGGACGUCAACCUGUCUGUCAGUUGCGGCAACGGGAAGCUUAGACAGUGGCUGAUCGAUCAGAUUGACAGCAAGAGCUACCUGGGCUUGGUUUGGGAGAAUGUGGAGAAAUCCAUUUUCAGGAUACCGUGGAAGCAUGCGGGCAAACAAGAUUACAACAGAGAUGAGGAUGCUGCGCUUUUCAAGGCCUGGGCACUUUUCAAGGGCAAAUACAAAGAAGGUGUGGACAAACCGGACCCCCCCACAUGGAAAACCCGUCUACGGUGUGCUCUGAACAAAAGCAACGACUUUGACGAGCUGGUGGACAGAAGCCAGCUGGACAUCUCCGAACCCUACAAAGUCUACAGAAUCAUUCCCGAGGGGGUCAAAAGAGGUGCCAAGUUGGGCAACAUGGAGGAGCCACAAGCGCGUAUGAAUCCCCAUGGCUACAUCCCGACCUACGUUCCUUCAACGAACCAGGUGUCGGGCUACGGGUCGUCCCAGGACAGCAGGGACUGGAGGGAGUACCCCCAGGCGGAGCAGCACCCACUGCAGCCCCCCAACACGCACCCCCACGGCCCCCUCACGGAGCUGCAGUACUACGCCACGGCGGCGGGCAGCCGGCCGUGGUCCGGGGCCCUGCAGGAGAACGGUGUGCAAUGCAGUGGUUCCUUCUACACCUUUUCUCCAGAGUCUCUGACCACAUUAUCCACAGUGGAGCCCAGCAGUGCCAUAUCUGACCUCGGCCUUCACAUCUCCCUGUACUACCGGGAGGCCCUGGUGAAGCAGGUGGUCACCACCAGCCCGGAGGGCUGUCGGAUCACCUCUUACCCCCCCACCCCCUCCUCCCGGACCUCCCCCUCCACCUCCUCCUCCGCCUGCUCCUCCACCUCCUCCUCCCCCUGCUCAGAGGAGCGCCCGCCCGGCGGCGGCGGCGGCGGGGGGCCCGAGGUGGUCCUCUUCCCCGUCCCCUUCCCCGAGUCCCAGCGGCAGGGGGCCGACAAGCUGCCCGACGUGCUGGAGAAGGGCGUGAUGCUGUGGAUGGGUCACGACGGCCUGUAUGCCAAGCGGCUGUGCCAGGGACGCGUGUACUGGGAGGGCCCGCUGGCCCCCAACAAGGACAAGCCCAACAAGCUGGAGAAGGAGUUCACGUGCAAGCUGCUGGACACACAGCAGUUCCUCACCGAGCUCCAAGACUAUGCGCACUACGGCUGCCGGGCUCCCAGACAUACUGUGGUGCUGUGCUUCGGUGAUGAGUACCCUGACCAGCAGAGACAGGAGAUGAUCACAGCACAGGUAACCCCCUGAAAACCUGAAAGCUCAAACUGCAUGGGGUCUCCUAGCGCCCCGGCCGCAUUCCAAAAAUAAUAACCAAAGCGGACGACUAUUGGCUCAUACAAAAACGUUGUGCGGAAUGGGCCAAAACUCAAAAAUCAAAAUGGUCGUAAUAAUGAUCGUAUAAUCUUUCUUUUUGGAUUGAUUUCAGUGUGACUGUUCAAACUUCAUACUUUAUUUGCCUAUGUGGCUCAACAUAUGCUCUGGUUGGCAGGUGGAGCCAUGUUCGCCAGAAGGCUGAUGGGCUACUACCAGCAGCAACACAGCAGCCAGUGGCGAGGCUACGACCACGGCCACGAGCAAGAGGCCGUUCUUCUCCUGUCCACUACCCAGCCAGAGAUCGCCCUGCAUCACAUUCAGGACUGAUCGCUCACCUCCUCCACCGGCCCCACCACCUCCAUCACCAGCACCACCUCCUUUCUCUGUUUCCCGAUCGUUUCCCCCCUCCAUCUCUUCCCGUUUUCGUCCCCCUUUUAUACGCUCAAAUGCCCACGUGCUCAGAAGAGACAGGGGGGGGACAGGACGCCAUCAAGUGGACAAGCAAAUGGAAGACACACCGAUGACGCUCAAGAAGACUAUGUGAGAAAAAAACAAUUACAGGAACUUGGAUGACCGACAGUCCGUCACAACGUGACUAAUCAGCCUUAUUUUCCAUCCCUACGCUAAAGGAAAUCAGACUCACUGAUCGUCUUUUUGUUCGUUUGCCACUGCAUGUAUUUGUUCCAUUUCUAAUAAAUGCUAUAGAAAUGG